AUGCGCUACUCUUACACUCUUCUAGCCUUUGCCGUCACGGCUCUGGCUCUCCCCACAGCCAAGCCCGCCGACGAUGGCAAGUGGGCUCCCGGCAAGUACGAAGGCAAGGGCACUGGCUUCGACGAUGGCAAGUGGACACCUGAAAAGUACGACAAGAGGAACGACGACGGUUCCUGGCACCCUGGGAAGUACGAAGGCGAGGGUACCGGCCACGAUGAUGGCAAGUGGACCCCUACCAAGUACGACAAGCACCACAAGCGCAACGAUGAUGGCUCUUGGAAGCCUGGAAAGUACGAAGGCGAGGGCACCGACUUUGACGAUGGCAAGUGGACGCCUGAGAAGUAUGACAAGCGCAACGACGACGGCAGCUGGCGCCCCGGUAAAUACGAGGGUGAGGGAACUGGCCAUGAUGAUGGCAAGUGGAAUCCCACCAAGUAUGACAAGAACCACAAGCGCAAUGACGAUGGUUCAUGGAAGCCCGGCAAGUAUGAGGGCGAGGGAACCGGCUUUGACGACGGAAAGUGGACCCCUACCAAGUACGAUAAGAACCACAAGCGCAACGAUGACGGUAGCUGGCAUCCUGGCAAGUAUGAGGGUGAGGGCACCGGCUUUGAUGAUGGCAAGUGGACUCCUGAGAAGUACGACAAGCACCACAAGAGGAAUGAUGACGGCUCUUGGCACCCCGGCAAGUACGAGGGUGAGGGAACUGGUCACGAUGACGGAAAAUGGACUCCUGAGAAGUACAACAAGAAGAACACCAAGCGUAACGAUGACGGUUCCUGGAAGCCCGGCAAGUAUGAGGGCGAGGGUACUGGCUUCGACGAUGGCAAGUGGACACCCGAGAAGUAUGACAAGAAGAACACCAAGAGGAACGACGAUGGAAAGUGGGCCCCUGGAAAGUACGAGGGUGAGGGCACCGGCUUUGAUGAUGGCAAGUGGACGCCCGAGAAGUACGACAAGAAGAACACCAAGCGCGCCGAUGAUGGCAGCUGGCACCCUGGCAAGUAUGAGGGUGAGGGUACUCCCUACGAUGACGGCAAGUGGAAGGGCAACUAA